AUGCAAGCAAGCAGCGGUACCAACCCUCAUGGGUCUAAUGACCCCAUCAGUGAGAAACCCUGUUCGAUGACCACAUUGCCUUUGGCCUCCACUGACACCCAGAAAGUUUCCGAGCUCGAACAGAAGCUCAACACCCUGUCUGCCGAGAUGACCCGACUUGAAAUAGCCGCUCUCUCAGGCCAGUAUUCCCCUUUGCCCAUGUGGGAUCUAGCAACCAUGAUGCAAAGUACACGAUACCCCCUACUCAUGGAGCGGUAUUUCGACCUUCAAAAAUCGGGCAGAGACCGGAUUGAGGCUACACUGGAUCGAGCAAGAUCCGCGAAGCCAUUCUUGGGAUUCAUGCAAACUGACAUCCCAAACAAACCAACAAAAGCCCCCGUGGCACCCACGGGCACACAUGGACCAGUUUCGGUCGCAACACAUGCACCAGAUCCGGUAGCAAAAGCCGCAAUACCAGCGCAGACCCAAAGACCAAACACACAUGCUUCUCCACCUCGAGGAAUACCCGUGGUCAAGUUCACAUCCGAGCUCAUUUUCGCGACCAGACCAGCCGCAGAGAAUCUGCCAGGCGCGCCAGCACAGAGCUUGCACGAAAACAACACCUCGCAGACACCGUUGCAGAAUCGCAAUGUUACCCCACAAAACAAGGACACUCCCGGGAAAGGGAAGAACCCAUGGCUUGAGUCCCGCGAAAAGGCCGGCUUGCCGGUCAAGUUUAGGGCACCGUCCAAGGGCGGCAAGAUUGACCCAAGACUCAUCACGAUAGGCUGGAGUCGCUUUCAAAGCUACGCCGCACUUCCAAGGACAAUGCCAAUCAUGCAGAAUGGCCAGCCGGUCAAGGAUCACGACGGCAACGACAGAGUCGCAAAGAUCAUGAAUCCCGCGGACUAUGGCGGUAACACUUACUACGAUCUUGGCCUCUGUGAAGCCUGGUUCUUGCAUGGCGACUGUGUUGAUUGGGGUCUCUGUCCCUGCAGACAUUGGUUUUUCGACGCCACAGAGAGGAGAUGGGUCCUUGACGCCUUCUUAACGAAGAUGUCAGGAACUUUCGAGGGGCCAUGGCUCCCUCCAGACGACGACGCCUCGGGAUAUGUCGGUAUCCCACGUGAGUACAUUUCUGGACGAGUCUUCGAGCCAGAGCACUAG